GUCGCCACUGUCGCCGCACAUGUGCUUGUAUGAGUUUCGCGGUAGUUUGCUGCAAUCGGCCAGCCUAAUUUGUGUGUACACUGGAGCAGAAAGUGGUUUUAAACGUGUGUAAUGUACAGGAGACUCUGUCCUACGUUCAGACGGCUUCAAGCCAGGACUAACACGGAGCGAUGGAGUCAUUCUGCGGCAGUAAAGCAUGCUCUACAAUACAAACAAGGAGACAAGAUAGGCGGGUACACCGUUCGCCAGGUUGAAGAAGUCACGGAGCUCCAUCUUGCAGCGGUCCGACUAGUCCAUGAGAACACUGGGGCCGAUUUUCUACACAUUGCCCGUGAUGACCGCAACAACUUGUUCAGUGUGGCAUUUUCCACACAUCCAAAAGAUGACACAGGAGUGGCUCACAUCUUAGAGCACCUUUCCCUGUCUGGGUCUCAAAGGUAUCCAUGCAGGGACCCCUUCAUGAAAAUGAACAACCGUUCCUUAGCCACAUUCAUGAAUGCAAUGACCGGAUGUGAUGUCACCUUCUACCCUUUCUCCACACAAAACCAGAAGGACUACGAGAAUCUUCUUCGUGUGUAUUUGGAUGCAGUCUUCUUUCCUCAGCUCUUGAAGCUGGACUUCAAGCAAGAGGGCUGGAGGUUUGAGCAUGCUGACGUCAAUGACAAGUCCUCUCCAAUCACCAUCAAGGGAGUUGUCUACAACGAAAUGAAGGGCGUUUUUUCAAACCCAAGCAGCAACUUCAACCAGGCUGUAGUAAACAAACUUUGCUCCAGUGGAGUUUAUAGCCAUGUCAGUGGCGGCCAUCCAUUAGCGAUUCCUGACCUGACCUGGGAGCAACUGAGGGAAUUCCACAGCACACACUAUCAUCCCAGCAACGCCAGAUUCCUAACAUAUGGUGACUUUCCAAUUGAGCCCACGCUGUCACUGAUUGAUGAAUUGGCCCUCUCGAAGUUCUCCAAGAGUGCUGAGGUUCACAGCAUCCCACUGCAGCCAAGGUGGGAUGAACCGAGAAAAGCAACAAUCACCUGUGCACCAGACCCUCUUGCAGCCAACCCUGACAAGCAGUCGACGGUUGCGGUGACUUAUGCGAUGAACGACAUCACCAACACGGAAGAAACGUUCACACUGUCCAUCCUGAGUCACCUCCUUGUGAAUGGCCCCAACGCACCCUUUUACAAGAGCCUGCUCCAAGCUGGGAUUGGCGCAGACUAUGCUCCGUCCCUAGGCUACGACAACAAUUUGAAACAGGCCUUCUUCUCGGUCGGUCUGUAUGGUGUGAGCGAGAAAGAUGUCGAUAAGGUGACCGACAUCAUUGACAAAACAUUCGACGAAGUCAUCAGAGACGGGUUCCCCCAGGAACGCAUUGAGGCGGCCCUGCAUUCUGUUGAGCUGUCGCUCAAGCACCAGACUUCCAACUUUGGCAUGAGCCUGAAUUACGCAACUGUGGAAAUCUGGAACCAUGGCGGGGACCCUGUGAAGUCCUUGCAAGUGAACCGGCACGUCAAAUGGCUGAGGGAUCAACUCGAAGCCAACCCCAGGUUUUUCCAAGAGAAAGUGGAGCACUAUUUCAAGGCCAAUAGGCACAAACUGACUUUGGUUAUGAAUCCAGACAGCAAGCACGAGUCCAGGAUUCAAUCCGAAGAGGAAAACAACAUCAACAAGAGGAUUGAUCAGCUCGAUGUUUCACAGAGGGAGUCUGUCUACAGUGAGGGCUUGGAGCUACUGAAGCACCAGAUGAAGGUCGAGGACGAAGAAUGCCUGCCGCGGCUUCUGCUCUCAGAUGUCUCUCCUACAAUUGAGUUCACAAAACUGAAUCACCUCAAGAUGAGUGGAGUUGAUGUCCAAACUACUGAGCAGGCGACAAACGGAGUGACUUAUUUCCGAGCAGUGCUCAAUGCUUCACAACUUUCUCCUGCAUUGAAACGAAUGAUCCCUCUCUUCUGUGAAGUGGCAACGAAAAUGGGCACUGUGGACAAAGACUACAGAAAGUUUUCACAAGAGGUAGAGCUCAGAACAGGAGGGUUGGGGGUCUCGGUCCAUGUCGCAAACCAUCCAAAUGAAGCUGGACACUUUGAACAGGGGAUCUUGCUGUCGUCCCAUUGUCUUGAAGCCAACACAGAAGCUAUGUUUGCCCUCUGGAAAGAACUCUUUCUUGGGCUGACAUUGGAAGACGAAGAACGCCUUUCGCAGCUCAUCCAGAUGUGUGCUGCGAGCCUUGCCCAGUCCCUGUCUGACGCCGGCCACCACUAUGCAAUGUUGCAGUCUGGAAGCUACCUCAGCGCCUCUUCGCAACUUCAGGAAGAGUUCUCUGGCGUUUCACACAUUGUGCAAAUGAAGACGCUGGCCGAAGCUCCUAGUCGCAAGUUUCUGCUCCCCCAACUCAAGGAACUUGCCUGUGCUCUACUCAACAAGGAGUCUAUCAGGUGUUCUCUGAAUGCAAGCCCCUCCGGGCUGUCUUCUGCGGAGAACCAACUGGAUAAAUUGCUCGAGUCUGUGCCUGGAAGUUGCACUGUUCCGUGCCCAGAGUUUGUUGACGAGUCGGACUUUUAUGCCAAAGACCGCAAAAUCCAUUUUGUGUUUCCAUUCUCUGUCAACUACUGUGCCAGAAGCUUCAAUGCCGUGCCCUAUGUGCAUCCGGAUUAUUCGAGCCUUUCGAUUGCAUCCCAAUUGCUGUCACACAAGUACCUUUUGCGGGAAGUGAGAGAGAAAGGUGGUGCGUAUGGAGCAGGAGCCAUCGUUCGUCCUGGUGGAUGCUUCAGCUUCUACUCGUACAGGGAUCCCAACUUGGAAAGAACGCUGGCCACCUUUUCCGACUCUGUGUCCUGGCUGGAGAGAGGCGAGUUCACGGAAAAGGAUCUCGAAGAGGCCAAACUGUCCUGCUUUGCAAAGGUGGACAGUCCUAUUGCCCCAGGCUCCCGUGGCUUGGGUACCUUCCUGCACGGAAUCACCGAUCAGAUGAAGGAGCAGCACAGGCAACAGCUCUUCAACAACACCAAAGACCAAGUCAUCGAUGCCAUCAGAAGGAGCGUGAGCGAAUCCUGCAGGUCCAGUGUAGCUGUCAUAGGUCCCGAAAACGGCUUCACGGAAACCGGGAAACAGUGGCUAGUCCAUCGAGACGGCAACAGCACUUCUCUGGAGGAGCCGACGGAAGAAUCGCCAGCAUCGCAGACGACGAUGACCACCCGAGUCUUCAAGAAAGGUGACCGGCGCUACAGCGAGGAACCGCCUAAAAUCCAGGACGGCCGUUUUAUCCUAAGGAUCAGGGGCCUACCGCGGAAGGUCGCCUCAUCGGACGUAGUGCAACUGUUCACCGGUGCGGGCUUCAAAGUCAGCGGCGGCUCCGAAGGCGUCCUCCUCCAAAGCAAGGGAUAUCGACUCACGGGAGUAGCGUUCGUCGAACUCGAAUCCCAGGAAGACUACAACAAGGCACUGGAGUAUCCCUGGAAGGAGCACACCAUCUUCGGUCGCUACAUCGAAGCGUUCCCCUCCAACACCGCCGACGUUCGUUACUACGUCAUGUCCCAGAAGCCCGAACCGGCGUCGUCAUCGACCAAGGUCCUCCACCUCCGUGGGCUUCCCUGGGAGGCCUCGGAGGACAACAUCAGGGCAUUUUUCUCGCGCUCCAAAGUGUCGAACGUCACCCUACCUUUGCUGGAAUCUGGCAGCAACCUCGGCUUUGCUUACGUCGAGUUCGCCAGCGCCGACGAUGCCCGCAGGGCUCUGACGAUACGGAAUCGAAACAUUGGCUCCAGGGAGGUCGAAUUCUGCCCCGUGGCUGAAGACUCUGUGGACAGGCUUGUCAAGGGAGACAUUCUUAGCUUGGCGUCGUACGCUAACCUUCCGAUAGACAAAAGCGAUACUUCGGCGAUAAGCGCCGGAGCGUUUCGUCCCAAGAACAGCGGUGUUGACAAGAGUACCGGUACCGCGAGGCGACACGUCGGUGCCGUGAACGAGGAUGACGCAGAAUCGCUGCUGCAUUCCAAGGGCCACAGAGUUCUGGCAAGCGGGAUGCCGCUCUCCAAGAACGCAGUUUCCAACCUCUUGUGGCCCGUUCAGCCCACGAAAGUGGUCAAAAUCGUAGGAAAAGACGGCAAACCGAACGGGAAGGUGAUCGUCGAGUUCCGUUCUCACGAAGAUGCCCUCAAGGCAACGGAGAAAGACGGCGAGACCUUGUUUGCACGCACCGUUAAGAUGAGGCUGUUCUCAACCGACUCGGUGGACACAGAAGCAAGCAUCGCGGAACAAGCGUAGAUGAAGAGCCGAUAGAAUAAUGAUAGUCAUUUGCGGUAUAUGCAUCUUUUUUUCUUUUUUACUAAAUAAUCAAAUUUAAAACAACUUUAGUCAGUAUUUCAAUAAAUCUGAUAUGAAGCCCAA